AUGGCGUGGUGCCGCAGCAUGUGCCUCCGCGCACCGGUCCGCAGGGCCGGCCUGGCUGCAACCCGCGCAGCCAUGCGCCGGGCACCGCUCGUGCGGCCCGCUGCGGCCCGUGGCGAGCCCCAGGGCAGCGGAGGGGAAGAGCGAAAGCCCUCGCAUCCCGAGAUGGAGGGCGCGCAGGAGCAGUUCUUCGAGGAGCUCGACUGGCUCAGCUUCGACUCUGGCGCCGCGGCGGCCCCCGAGCCGUCCGCGUCGGAGCAGGACGACCCCGCGGACCCUGAUGCUGACGACGCGGGCUCCGGGCACCCGCCGCCGCUGGGCCCGCUCGCCGUGCUCCUCGUCGGCUUCCCGGAGCUCGAGAUCUCGAUGUGGCAGGGCCUCAUGAACCAGAUGGAGGCGGACAUGGUCAAGCUCCUCGUCGCCACCAAGGACAUGCUGGAAGUGCCGCUCUCGGAAGCGCUCGAGGCCGAGCAGCCGGCGGGCGUGGCGUCCGCUGCGCUGCCGUGGGACGUGCCGCGGACGGUCGUCCUGAGCGGGAUGUACCAGAGCGAGGUGAUCGAAGUGUGCACUGCGUACCAUGACUCAGGGAUGCCGGACGCGGCCUUCUGCUGCGCCGUGCCGCGGAACUACGGGCGGAACCUGAAGCAGCUGGUGUACGACGUGCACGAGGACCACGCCGCCGCGAAGCAGAUGUACGACAGCCAGGACCGGGAGGCCUGA